UUGAAUAGUGGAAACUAUAAAGCAUGCCGCGUGUUGAAUGGUGACAGCAUGCAAUCAAAUGCCUCAGGACUCUUAUAUCUUCAUCUUUCCGCUGUAAUCUCUAUCCACAAACACUGAAAGAAAUGGUAGCAGCAUUCGCCACAAUUCUGAUACUCAUUCUCAUACUUGUUCUGAUAUCUGCAUGGAAGGUGCUGAACUGGCUAUGGCUGAGACCAAAGAGACUCGAAAGGCUUCUGAGAGAGCAAGGCCUUCAUGGCAACCCUUACAAGCUUUUGGUUGGAGACAUGAAGGAGCUUCUCAAGAUGCGAAAGGAAGCCUUAUCCAAACCCAUGAAUCUCUCCGAUGACUUAGUGCCACGUGUGUUUUCUUAUUUCCAACACAGUCUAAACAAGCAUGGAAAAAAUUCUUUUGUCUGGUUUGGACCAAUGCCUAGGGUGACCCUCACAGAUCCUGAGCAAAUGAAAGAUGCACUCAACAAGAUUUAUGACUUCACAAAGCCUAAUAUGAAUCCACAAGUCAGGUUACUAGCUCCUGGUCUUGUAAGCCAUGAGGGAGAAAAGUGGAGCAUGCACAGAAAGAUAAUCAACCCUGCAUUCAAUUUAGAAAAGUUGAAGAAUAUGUUACCAUUAUUCACCAAAUGUUGCGAUGAUCUGAUUAGCAAAUGGGAGGGAAUGUUGUCUUCAGACGAAUCAUGUGAAAUGGACGUAUGGCCUUUCUUUCAGAAUUUGGCUAGCGAUGUUAUUUCUCGAACUUCAUUUGGAAGUAGUUAUGAAGAAGGAAGAAGAAUAUUUCAACUUCUAAAAGAGCAAGUUGAUCUUACCAUGAAAGUUAUAUUCAGAGUUUACAUACCUGGUUGGAGGUUUGUACCUACUCCUAUCCAUAGAAGGAUGAAAGAAAUUGACAGAGAUAUAAAAGCUUCGCUUAAGGAUAUUAUUAACAAGAGAGAGAAAGCACUGAAGGAGGGUGAAGCCACUAAAAAUGACUUGUUAGAUAUACUUUUGGAGUCAAAUCACAAGGAAAUUCAAGAACAAGAAAACAAUAAGAAUGUUGGAAUGAAUCUUGAGGAUGUUAUCGAAGAAUGCAAGCUAUUCUACUUUGCUGGGCAGGAAACAACUUCAGUUUUGCUUGUUUGGACAACAAUAUUAUUAAGUAGGUACCCUGAUUGGCAAGCACGUGCAAGGGAGGAAAUUUUACAAGUUUUUGGUGACAGAAAACCAGAUUAUGAUGGCCUAAGCCACCUCAAGAUUGUUACCAUGAUUUUGUACGAGGUUCUUAGGUUAUAUCCACCAGUAGUUGCUCUUGCUAGAAAAGUUGACAAAGAUGUGAAACUUGGAAACAUAUCAUUACCGGCUGGAGUGCAAGUUUUCUUACCAAUAAUUUUGUUCCACCAUGACUGUGAAUUGUGGGGUGAUGAUGCUAAGGAGUUCAAUCCCGAGAGAUUUUCUGAAGGAGUUCUAAAGGCCACAAAGGGAAGAGCUUCAUUUUUUCCCUUUGGAGGGGGUCCUAGAAUAUGCAUUGGACAAAACUUUUCCUUGUUGGAAGCCAAGAUUGCUCUGGCAAUGAUUUUACAUCGUUUCUCUUUUGAACUUUCUCCAACCUAUACUCAUGCUCCAUUUACAGCAAUUACUCUUCAGCCCCAACAUGGUGCCCAUGUCAUUCUACGGAAGGUGGACAUAUAAACAAAUAAUAAGCUUUGUUUGGAUUAUAUCAUAAUAAUUAGAUGUGGACUUGCACAUAUGUGGGGUACAUGAAUAAACUAUUUAAAUUAAUAGAAAUUAAGAAGUAUGUUAAAAUAUACUGUUUUAUA